CAGCUAGCGGCUUUGCUGAACGUAAUUUCGUCAGACGUUGCUCGUUCGUGAUUUGCGCAUCCAUUUUGACUGUCCCAAUUUUCUACAUUUCGACUGAAUCAAAUAUCCAGGGUGCCGGAUUUGCUGCUACAUAGGAGCUCAAAUUAGAUAUACUCUGGCUUGCCCGGAAUGUCGGGCUCCUCUUCUUCGGAUACUCCUUCUUCGUCAUCGUCUUCGGCAAUAAGAGCUUGGAGGACUGCCUUUCUGACUCUCCGGGACGAAACCCUAACGAGCAGCCCUAAAUCGAAGUCAAUAACGCAACUUCUCAAUGAUCUCAUUUUCUCUCAUUUCCGGGCUCUCAUGUCUGCCGCCCCCGACCUUCCUCCUCACGAGGUGACCUCUGAUCUGCUGUUCUUAAUGGAACUGGCUGCAAGUUCUCCAGGCGGCCAAGAUGUGUCACCUAUCUAUGUUUAUGUUUCCUCUUUGGUGCAUGAUAUUUGCAAGCUUCAACGUGUGACUCUUCAAUUGAAUUCUUCUUCUUGGGUUGUUGUGAUCAACUGUUUCUCCGCUAUGGUGCACUUCUUCCUCGGCCAAGCUGGUUCCAGACCCCAAUUUUCGUUGGGGCACGCUGUGGAAUGCUUGGGGACCGUAAGAUGUCUGGCCUCCAUCUAUCAGCCGAAAAGUUUGCUAUCAGAUGAUGUCCACUUGGCAAAGUUUCUUCUCGGAGUAAUUGAAAGUUAUCAUGCUCAGUGCCUGUUGUCAACUUGCACGAGCACCAGUGAAAAUGUUGCGGUCUCAACUGGCAAGAGGUUAUCUAAAAGCAGUCAGUUGUGGGAAGUUCCAACAGCCGCAUUUACUUUGCUCAGUGAAGCAUUCACAAGAAUCGGGUCUUCGUUCCCCACUUAUAUUUGGCAAUCUGCUAUGGAGGUCAUUAGGAAAGUGAUGGACGUCUUACUGUCUCAGAACUUCCUUGUUGAAGGUGCUCCUGCGACAAGGUUUUUAGAAUUUAUCCGUCUGAACCUAAUAACAAUAGAUGCACUUAAACACACAUUACAGUGCACAACCUUAUGGCUUUGAUUCUGUAAUUCAUGUGCACUACAAGUAUGAUGAUGCACUUUUUUGCAGGUUUUAUGCUCCGCUCCUUGGAUUUCUACAUCUGGUUCUUACCAAUGCUAAGGGUUUUCAAAAUGACCAUGUUCCUGCUUUUGUGGCAACUUUGCGAAUGUUCUUUACGUAUGGCCUGUCACAACCCUUAUACUCCACUAAUGCUGGCACACAUAAGAAUGCUGCUAAAUUGAUUUCAGAAGACACUAAGAAAGAGCGUAUUCCGUAUCGCCCUCCUCACCUGCGCAGAAAGGAAAAUGUAAACAUGAAGCAGCUUAAAGCUCAGGAAUUAUCUUGUUCCUCACUUCCUCUGAUCAAGAGUCUUUUGCAUUGGAACUUAUUUCAUCAGAUUCAGAUUGCAGUGACAGUGAUGGAUCUGUUAAAGAUAAUGAUACUAUUAAAAGUUCAAAAGUCAGGACUGCUGCUAUAGUUUGCCUACAAGAUCUUUGUCUAGCUGAUCCCAGAUCCUUUACCACUCAGUGGACUAUGAUUUUGCCUACAACUGACGUACUAGAAACAAGGAAGUUUGAAGCUACUCUGUUGACUUGCUUGCUGUUUGAUCCUUAUUUGAAGGUACGGAUGGCAUCCGCAUCC